AUGCAGUCCACAUCUCCACACUGCAGAGAACUGAAAACAAGUUGCCCUACUCGUUACGAGAACUCAGACUUGAACAUCAGAAAUGUCUGCUCUGAAGACACGUCUGCUUGUUGCAAGACAUCACAGAGACUCGCACAGACUGACAUCGGAAGAACUUCUUUGAUGCCUCGUCGUGAUCACAUCGGUAUUCUUCUCUGCAUGGUGGCAUCAUAUAUCAUGACCAGCCAGCCAGCCUUAAUGACAUCAUUAAUGCCCGCCACGUUUAUGCAAUGUUUAUUUUACGGUUCUGAAAUAUUUUUUGAUGAGUUAGGAGUGAACAGUGAAUUGAAAGAAAAGUUAGUGAUUUGUGAUGAACUGAUUGAAUAA